AUGCCCGAAACACGUUCGACCUUUGAGCCUAGCCAACUUCUGGAUGGCUGUGAGCCCAGUCUCGCCGACGAAUACAACAAGAUGAUGGAUAUCACGGAGCAGACAAAGGACAGGUACGGUACUCUCUGGCGCGAUUCGAAUGCAUUGAUGGCCAAUCUUGUACGAACAAAGGCCGAGCUCGACCGGGUCACAGCCCUGCGGCAACAGGAGCUGGCCGAACACAGAGGGGCCAUCGAGCCGUAUAGAAGGGUGAUUCGAGCCAAGGAUCGGCAGCUUCAAAAGUUCAGACGGAAGAAGCAAAAGCUUCGACAUCGAAUCCGACAUCUAGAGACAGAUUUGAGGGUGGCGAAUGAGGAACUGGAGAAGGUUGCAUUUCUGAUAUGUGAGAUCUGCUACGCCAAGAUCAAGGACACAUACACCACUUGUGGACACACCUACUGCCAGGGUUGCCUCUCUACGUAUCGACAAUUUCUCGCCUGCGAUAUGACUAUCUUGGCGACUCAAUGUCAUUUUGGUCCCUGCCCGAAGUGCCGGACUUUGCUCAAGCCUGACGACAUUCGGAAGCUCUAUUUGAGUACAUCUCAGGAUGUUGUGGUUGUCGAUAGUGACAGCGAUAGCCCCAGCGAGGACGACAAUAACGACCACAGCGACAAAGACAGCGAAGACAGCGAAUACGAUGAUAAUUGA